AUAGGCUACCAAGAAAAAACACGUUGUGAAAGUUAUUACGCAUGAUUUAGGUCCUACUGUAUGGAACGAAUGCCAAUCAAAAUAGCAGUUGAGUUCAAGCUGGCUCGAAGAAAAAGGCCCUAUUAUUUGAAAUGUUAACAAUGCUAGUUUUUAGUGGUGGGUGUGAGCGUCCAGUACUCUACCAUACCUUCGAGGUGUAGCGUGAAGCGCUGCGCGUAUGGAAACGGGUGGACGGACACUUCAACCACAGAGCGAACCUCGCGGUGAGGAAUGAGCACAUGACUGAACUGAACGCUGUUGCUGCGCUCGUAGUAUUGGAUUUAUCCGUGAUUAUUAGUCAUUCCCGAGGACAGUGUCGUAACAUUUAGGAUAUAUAUACUGGUUCGUGUUCUUUAAAAGCUUUGGGAAACAUAUCUCACACUUCUCUCGGUUCUAUAAAGGUGGAUGUAAUGUGCUGUGAGGUUAAAGGUUGAAGAGCGGCCGGCCACUCGCUCUCGAGCUCCUCCUGAAACCAACCAACUAGAGUCAUUAACAGGGGUCCAGGGAGGCUUCAGCACAGGGAACAGCCAUGGAGGGGGACUGUCUCAGCUGUAUUAAGUACCUCAUGUUCUUCUUCAACUUCCUCAUUUUUUUAGGAGGCUCUUUCCUGCUUGGUGUGGGUGUGUGGGUACUGGUGGACCCUAUGGGCUUCAGGGAGAUCAUAGCAGCCAACCCUCUGCUCUUCACUGGGGUCUACAUCAUCCUGGCCAUGGGGGCAAUGCUCUUCCUCCUCGGCUUCCUGGGCUGCUGCGGAGCCAUCCGGGAGAACAAGUGUCUGCUCCUCUUUUUCUUCCUGCUCAUCCUGGUCAUCUUCCUGGCAGAGUUAGCAGCAGCCAUCUUGGCCUUCGUAUUCCGGGAGCAUCUCACCAGAGAGAAGUUUACCAGAGAUCUGAAGAAACACUACCAGGGACACAACAACACCGACGUCUUCACCUCCACGUGGAACGCCCUCAUGACCACCUUUGACUGCUGUGGGGUGAACAGCCCGGAUGACUUUGAGGAGAGCCUGUUCAGGCUCCUCAGCCCAGACAAGGUGGUUCCUGGGGUGUGUUGCCAGGGCAACGGUCACCCUGGAGAUGCGGUGGAUGACCUCAGCAGGGACGAGUGUCUGAGGGGAAGCAUGGAGCUCCGCUACAACAAGGGUUGUUACUCAGCGGUGGUGGAUUAUUUUGAGACGUAUAUCUACAUGGCAGGAGCUCUGGCCAUUGUUGUCCUGACGAUUGAACUGUUUGCCAUGGUGUUUGCCAUGUGUCUGUUCAGAGGAAUCGACCAGUAACCCUGACAACACACACAACCCCAGGAAGACACUCAACAGAGGGACACAGACUGACGAAGGAGAAGAGAGCCUGAAGAGAACCACCUGUAGAUGUUUAAUCAGAUGUUUGGAGAAUAGAGACUGUAGAUUAUAAUUCAGAUGUUAGGAGAAUAGAGACUGAGGAUUAUAAAUCAGAUGUUAGAAUAGAGACUGUAGAUUAUAAAUCAGAUGUUAGGAGAAUAGAGACUGUAGAUUAUAAUUCAGAUGUUAGGAGAAUAGAGACUGAGGAUUAUAAAUCAGAUGUUAGAAUAGAGACUGUAGAUUAUAAAUCAGAUGUUAGGAGAACAGAGCCUGUAGAUUAGAAAUCAGCUGUUAGGAGAACAGAGACUAUAGAUUAGAAAUCAGAUGUUAGGAGAAUAGAGACUGAGGAUUAUAAAUCAGAUGUUAGGAGAAUAGAGACUGAGGAUUAUAAAUCAGAUGUUAGAAUAGAGACUGUAGAUUAUAAAUCAGAUGUUAGGAGAACAGAGACUGUAGAUUAGAAAUCAGCUGUUAGGAGAACAGAGACUAUAGAUUAGAAAUCAGAUGUUAGGAGAAUAGAGACUGAGGAUUAUAAAUCAGAUGUUAGGAGAAUAGAGACUGAGGAUUAUAAAUAAGAUGUUAGAAUAGAGACUGUAGAUUAUAAAUCAGAUGUUAGGAGAACAGAGACUGUAGAUUAGAAAUCAGCUGUUAGGAGAACAGAGACUAUAGAUUAGAAAUCAGAUGUUAGGAGAAUAGAGCCUGUAGAUUAUGAAUCAGAUGUUAGAAUAGAGACUGUAGAUUAUAAAUCAGAUGUUAGGAGAAUAGAGACUGUAGAUUAUAAAUCAGAUGUUAGGAGAAUAGAGCCUGUAGAUUAUGAAUCAGAUGUUAGAAUAGAGACUGUAGAUUAUAAAUCAGAUGUUAGGAGAAUAGAGACUGUAGAUUAUAAAUCAGAUGUUAGGAGAAUAGAGACUGUAGAUUAUAAAUCAGAUGUUAGAAUAGAGACUGUAGAUUAUAAAUCAGAUGUUAGGAGAACAGAGCCU